CGUUGAUUUAUCCUGCCAUGCUUUUGUAAUUCGCAUUUCUCAGGCAUGCUCCCGAAACGUAUCGGGAAAUCGUGGCGAUUAUUACGACGAUCUGGACUUUAUUUUCGACGGACGUGGCAGAGCACUUCCGGAGGACGAUUUCGAAGAUGAUUUCGUUUUGAAUCAACGCCAUUACAAAGAACGUGCCGCGGCUGCCUUCGAGGAAGAUUUGGCCGAAUUGAGACGCAAGAGAAGAGACAUGCAGGAUCGUAUUUUCGACGUCAUCGAUUUGAACGCCGAAAUUGAGAAGGCUAGGAACACGUUAGAGGCCGCCGGGACUGCUUUCCAAAAACACGCAACUAAAUUCGACAAUAACGAGGACGAUCAAGACAACGUUACUUUAACGCAGAAACUCGAUAGAUCAAGAAAAUUAGCUAACUUGGAACUCGUUCCAGAUAAAUCUAAAGCCAAACCGCAAAUAAUAUUACAAUGGGCAAGAACGCAGAACGCAGAACCGGAAAAAACAACAAUCCCUCGAGCUUCGAAAGAAAGAUCGCGAUUAAACUCUUUAGCCGAUGCUAACGAAUUUAUCGAAGAUCCAUUAGAUGUAAUUGCCAUGCAGCCGAUAAAAAGAAAAUUUCUGAAACGGAAGAAGAGCGUCUCCUUUUAAAGAAAAAAAAAAAACAAACAAAAAAGGAAAAUGCAUUUUAUCCAUUAUCGCGAUUUAAUCGGAAUUAUGAAUUUGUUAUUCGAUUUCACCCUUUUCAAAUGUGUAUUUUCAUUGUAAACUGUAUAUACAUAUUCAUUUACAUUUACAUAUAUGUAUAUGUAUACAUAUCCAUUAAUGUCGUAAUAGCUGAAUAUAAAAUGGCUAUGUUAA